AUGGCCAUCACCAAAGUUGUAAAUGGGAGGGAUGGGCUCGUUGAAGUAAAGAGGAGGUUUAGGACCAAGCUGCGAAGGCCAUUGGACCUUAUCAGGGCACUGCUACCUUUCCCAGGGUUUAAUGUGGAAACUGUGGAAUAUAAGAACAUUAGCUUCACCGUUUGGGAUGUUGGAGGUCAGGACAAGAUUCGACCUUUGUGGAGGCACUACUUCCAAAAUACUCAGGGGCUAAUCUUUGUUGUGGAUAGCAAUGAUCGUGAUCGUGUUGUUGAGGCCAGGGAUGAGCUUCACCGUAUGCUAAAUGAGGAUGAGCUGAGGGAUGCUGUGCUGCUUGUAUUUGCAAACAAGCAAGAUUUACCAAAUGCUAUGAAUGCUGCUGAGAUCACUGAUAAACUUGGUCUUCAUUCCCUCCGUCAGCGCCACUGGUAUAUUCAGAGUACAUGCGCUACCUCUGGUGAAGGGUUGUAUGAGGGUCUGGACUGGCUCUCCAACAACAUAGCUAACAAGGCUUGAGGUGGUUGGUAGAAGGUCGGUGACAUUUACAUUUGGGGUAGCAAUCUUUGUGGAAUUCGGAUAUGUAUAUCUCUAUUUUAUGAUAUGUUGCGUUAUUGGGGUUUUGUUUUUUUGCUUUUGCUCGACAACUUUUAAAUGAAAUGGAUGAGCUUGUGUUUAGAUAUGCUUUGUAGAUGGAAUUCAUUGUUCAGAGUUAAUUAACGAAUUCAUUGUUGACAUUUCA